AUGGCUCCCAAACCAGAUGAUGCACGAUCAGACGCUGACCUCUGGAUGAUAUAUGCCAAUAAGAUUAGGGAGACGUACUUUGCUGGUCAGGAUGUUGGCACUCACAAUCGCAUAUACAUUCCCCCUUUGAACACUCAAGCUAUCCUGGCCGGGGAUACGAUCGAACAAGCCGUGACAAAUUAUGGAGUUGCUCGUGCAGGUGAUUCAUUGAUCACUCCGGACAAUCCAAUGAUGACAUUUAGCGGUGAGACUUACUCCCAAAAAUGCCUCCGCUACCUCCAGAGCGUUCAACUGGGCGGUGUAAGCGAUCUUGGUCUGGAACAAAUCGCCCGUGACCGCAAGAAUGCAAUUACCGAAAAACAGACCACCUUCAACCAGACACAAAAUGAUGCCGUUGCUGCCUACCAAUCUGACCCCGUCAGAGACCCAAGCCAGUCAUUUUCGGACUGGGUUUUGGAUAAAUACCCGGCUUAUGGCGAAGCCAAGGAUGAUCUGGCCGGAGCUGUCAAUAGCUAUGAUCAGAUCAUGACCCAAAUAUACGGUGCUGGGUUCAAGUCCUUGUCAAAAGACCAGAAAACGGUCGCCGCGGCUUGUGACGCACAAGUGAAGUCGAUUUACAACAUGGAGGUAUCUGCCGCUUUGAUUGGAUCCAAGGAUAUUGUUACUGGACCGAAGACAUAUGCUCCAGCAUACCAUAUCUCCCAAGGUUACCCAACAGCAGUGAAAGGAUGGAUCAGACGUGCAGCAGACCUGAACCCUCCAUCUGCAGGGUUUUCCUUCAGUUCCAAGGAUGCCAGUAACUACAGCUGGGCGCAGGUUGGCUAUUCUUCCACCCGCUUGGGGGCAAGUGUGGGCUGGGCUCCAUUUUUCAGAGCGGAGUACACGUACAAUAAGGAAAAGAAAACUGAGGAUGUAAACGUUGGAAGCCAGAGCAGCGAGAUUAAAUUCGAAUUGAAAGCUCUUGGAAUUCAGUCAUUUGACAUAUACCCAGACAACAGCUGGGCGCCCCAGGACCUGAAGAAGAACUAUCCCCAUCUCUUCGCAAGCGCGUCGCCUGACCUUUGGGACCCAAUGUUCCGGGCCAGUUAUGUCGUCGUGGGCUACAACGUGUCUAUCAAGAUUACCAUGGAUAAGAGCACGUACGAUAAAAUUAAGUCGUCUAUUCAGACGGCUAGUAGCCAUUCCGGAGGUGCUUCUGCAUCUCUUUUUGGCUUCAAACUUAAUCUUGGGGGAAAUGCAAGUUACAGUGAAGAAAAUAGCACGGAUUAUGAUAAGGUUAAAACGAAUGAUUCCGAGUACUCCUUCGAGAUUCCGGCAUCAAACAAUACUCUUCCUGUCUUGCUUGCAACACUGGGCACCGAGGUUGCGCCUAAGAACUCUUAA